AUGUCGCCGACGGUCUUGAAGCCACUGGAAACACACGAACUGACGCUGGCCGGAAACCAGCGCGACAAGAGGAUCGUCUUUGGUUGGGGGAGACCUUUCAGGGUAUUGGAUGGGGUCUCCAUUUUGGGAGACCAAAGUGGUGCCGAAAAACGUCUGCAGGUGCAUUCGAAGCUCGACAGAGCGCUGAAGUUUUUGCAGCGCGAUGUUGGGUAUUCGCUUCUGGAUGAUGCUCUUGCAGAAUCUGGCGGUGGCGUGAGGCUCGUUCACGACAUCGAGGUGAUGCAGGCUCUUGGUGCUCUCCCAGCGCGGGGUCGCCGCUCCUGCCGAGCACCUAAGGAGCGACCCAUCGAAAAUGCCGACGAGGCAGAUGACAUCCUGUCGUGCAAACCCGAGAUCGGGAAGUAUGCACAUUAUAAGGAUGACAUCGUCCUGGUCUCCAGAUUCGCUGGCUUGGUCCAUGGCUUCGAAGAGCGAACGGAUCCCAACGCUCCCAACGUGAAGCAUGACAUGCUGUACAAGAAGGUCUUGCAGGGCAUUCGGCUCCUGCACCUGUGUGAAUUUCACUACGCUGAUGUGGUGCUGACGUUGGCCUAUGCGAGCGUAUACUUCCGUGGUGCCUUCACUUCACUCGGCAAAACGAUGAGCGACUAUGAGGCAGCUCACGUCUGUGUCUUGCUCAUCUACUUGGCUCAUAGCUUCCUCUUUGACGAGACCUGCCCGUUGAGGGUAUGGCAGCAGCAUAUCUUCAAGAAAUACUGCAAUCUCAAGGUCUUGGAUGCAGCUCUCUAUCGGAUUUUCAAGCUUCGAGGCUUCAAGCUGCGAAUCACGGAAGCAGAGGAAAAGGAAGCUCUGAGUGUGCUUCUGUUGCGCACCAAUGGUGGCCUUCCGGAUGGAAGCAGCACCAGUGGUCAAAGAAGGCCGAAGGGACGUAGCUCAUCCAGCACGGAAUCAACAAAAUGUAUGGAGAAGGAGGACAGCGGCUCAGCAGAUAUCAUCAACAUCUGA